CUGGAAAAGUGAAGUUUGGAAGUCGCUUUCAGAGCAUUUGUCUCUGGUCAUUAGAGUUCUUCAGUUAACAUGAAGAGGUUUGCACUGGCUCUGGUAGCGAUCGCCAUCGGAGCGGUAACAGCCCAGCAACCGAUCGAUAAAAUCUAUUUUCCCGAAAAUGAAACGUCGAUUCUGGAUUUCGCAAACAGGGCCAGUAUCAACGACGUGGUCACACCGGACCCAUUUGGGCCCAACUCACCGACACUGUCACCAAUGACGUUCAUCACAGCUCAAGGCGAUCAAUGCACCUGUGUACCGUAUUUUAUGUGCAAACCGGAAGCCGAAUUCGUCGAGCAGAACAAGUUUAAUGAAAUUGAUGUCAAUUUUAAUCCCGAAACCUGUCAAGAUGUGCUGGAUGUAUGCUGUCGCGCACAAGAUUCUCUGGUUGUACCGAUGAACAACACUCCCGGAACCGUAUCAUCCCGUCGACCAACCGGAUGUGGUUUGCGAAACAUUGGCGGAAUUGAUUUCACACUGACUGGGAAUUUCAACAACGAAGCGGGCUUCGGUGAAUUUCCAUGGACGGUGGCGAUUAUCAACACUGCGGAUGGGUCGAGUCAUUGUGGUGGUUCUUUGAUACAUCCCAAUCUUGUUCUAACGGGUGCCCACUGUGUUCAGGGAAACCGAAGAGGAAGCUUGAAAAUUCGUGCCGGUGAAUGGGACACCCAGACUACCAAGGAAAGGCUACCGUAUCAGGAGCGUUUGGUGACGCGUGUUAACAGUCAUCCUGACUUUAAUCCACGAUCGUUGGCCUCAGAUAUCGCAAUUCUGGAACUAGAAAGUCCUAUAACUCUGGCAGAUCAUAUCAAUGUUGUAUGUUUGCCACCGAAUAAUUACGACACGCGCCGGUCAGACUGUUUUGCUAGUGGCUGGGGAAAAAAUCAGUUCGGUAAAGCCGGUCGAUAUAGUGUGAUCAUGAAAAAGGUUCCUCUUCCAUUGAUCGAAUCAUCUACCUGUGAACGUCAGCUGCAGAGAACUCGCUUGACGAGUCGAUUUAGACUGCAUCAAACUUUCAUCUGUGCUGGUGGUGAAUCUGGAGUUGACACCUGCGAGGGAGACGGUGGCGCUCCUUUGGUUUGCCCCGUAGGAUCUGGCAACGAGAACCGAUACGUUCAAAUUGGUGCGGUCGCUUGGGGCAUCGGAUGUCAUGAUAAAGUACCGGCUGUGUACACGAACGUUAUGAGAUUUAGAUCGUGGAUUGAUAACGUCGUACGAACAUUGGGAUUCGAUAUUACGGUAUACGACUCAGUGCAAUCACAAUUUUCGGAUUUGUUUGGGUAA